GUCUGCAUCACAGAACAUUGGGCUGAACUGGUAGACAAUGGUUUGAGAUGCUGAAAGAACACGUGAAUUAGAGCGUCGAGUCCAACAUCCGCCGAGGGGAAAAAAGAACGAUAACAUGCAUUUUUGUUGGGGAGCUAAACUGUUCAGUUGCCGUCAGUCGCCUGUGUUUUGGAAACGCUGGGGCGCACGCCCUCGCUCUGGUUUGUCCUGCACAUGGUCUGCAUAGGCUGCGCUCGCGGGGACCAGCAACGCAUUUCAUAUUGAUUUAACGACCCAGCAUUUUUAUUUGUGCUUGUCAUGUGCAGUAGAACCCACGUGUCGGAAGGUUUUUAUUGUUUUGUGAGUAUAAAGAGAGAAAAUAUCUACAUGAAUUCGUUUACCUGUCUCAUGGAUAAAAAAUAGAAUUGCAUAAGAAACUAUCAAGAAGGACUGUAUUUUAUGCCUGAUUCCUCAGUUCAGCAAUGGAUUUAAAGUGAACAUUUGAAGCUUUGUUGUCAUUAUCUCAGGAGCCCGUUCUUUUGUAUGAGCAAGCAAUAAGAAACGACCAAAGACAGUAGCUAUAUUCAUCUUGGCGCCAGGAGCGUGGAGACAUCGAGAUUCUGUGUGCGGUAUCUUCGCCUCAGUAAUAAACGCAGAAUACAGCGUGUCAAGUUUGCAGAGCAUCAAGCACCAGCAGCACAGUGGCUCCUCCCUCAGGUGGACUGGAGUACUGCAGCCCAGUGAUAGCGGUUGUGCAGGCCCACACACUGCAGCUCAUAUGACCGCAGCUGGAAGGUGAACCCACGAUCAGACAGGAGACACAUGACAUGGAAGUCAAAGGUCACCUGAUCUUUAGGCCUGAGCUGCAGAGUUCCAUGGACAGUAAACAUGCAGCUGAACGGAUGGUGGAGCUGCAGGAGAGACGUAGGAGCCUUCAGGCUCUACUCAGCACCCGUCUGGCUGAGCUAAAACAUGUGUGUCUGCAGGAAGCUGAACUCACAGGAAAGAUACCAAGUGAGUUUCCUCUGGAGGCAGGUGAAAACCCCCCCCACGUGCGGCGUAAAGUCGGGUUGGUCCGCAGCGGUUCCAAGCACAAUUACAAAACCGAGGCAAGUGGAUUUCUAACCAUCCUGGAGGACGAAGCAUCUCAGCGCAAACUGAAGAAGACUCUGUUCAGUGGCGCCCUCCGCAGGCACACAGAUGCAGAGCAACUUCCGUCUCAUGGCAAAAGGACAGUCCACAGAGGAUGUCACACUGACAACACAGUGAAGUCCGAGAGCAGCUCCAUGUCAGACUCCACCAGUCAAGAGAAUGAAGAAGCCUCUGAAGAUGUGUCCCCCUCUCGUUCCCAGCUGGUCCUGGGGAGCCCAGACAGCAGGUUCUGUCGUAAGCUCUCUCCCGUCGAAAUCUAUUAUGAGAUGAGAGCGCGACGUAACUCGGUGGCUAGCUCAGCCAGUCCAAAUCGCUCUCUCCCACGGAGCACGUCCAAUCCUGAGGGCAGAAGCGUCCCUGCCACACCCAUGAUGACCCGGAACGGGCGAGCUGUGGUACACGUUAGGUCAGAAUCCUCCAGCGGUGCUGCAGCAGUGAAGCAGUGGUCAGACAAUCCAGAGGCGUCCCAGCAGGCGCCCGUCCCGUCUCAGGAGGGUUCUGCGCCAGGCUCGUACAAGCAGGGCAGCUGCCCCUACAGCGUCCAGGCACGCCGCAGCAACAGCUCCGAGGCCUUGCUGGACCGCAGCGCGGACACCGGCGUGGACGAAGGAGGUCAAAGGUCAGGCCCAGUCGUCCGGAACGGGCCGAGCAAGAGCUCCGAGGCGCUGCCAGACGGGCGCGUGAGGCCGCCCCAGCGAGGCAGCCCCGAGCAGCAGGCGAACGGGCACGUGGAGGUGGCACGCAUGCGCUCCGUGUCGGGCGGCCGCGGCCCUGGCGGAGGCGGGGUAACGGGCGGGGGCUACAAUGAGAUCUUGCUGGACUAUGUGUGGGGGAAGCAGCAGAAGAUGCAAGCCCAGCAGCAGCAGCAGCACAGACUGCAGUCUCAGGCUGGCCUGAAGGCCCGGCCCUGGCCCGAGGGGCCCCCUGCCGCCCCGCCGCCCUACGUGAAUGGCUUCCACCAGCCGCAGACGCUGCUCCUGGGCUCAGGCGCCCCGGCCUACAGCCCGCUGAUGCUGCGCGGGAAACCAGGCGAGCCCCGGCGGGUCAAAGUCAGCCGUACCAAAUCCUGCGGACCGUUUGUUCCCCUCCAGCCACACCAGCAGGACUCUGCCCUGUUCUCGCCUGUGGCAGUGGGGCACCCGGACCAGCCUCCAGGGCAGUUCCAGCCCGCCAACAGGCCCACGCACCCACGCAGCGCCGACUGCACGCCGGAUGAUCCCACACGCAGCCUGCACAAGGCCCUGGCGCUGGAAGGCCUGCGGGACUGGUACCUCCGCAACGCCCUGGGGCAGGCUGGAGGCGCAGGAAAAGGCCAGGAGGGGGCGCCGUCACAGCGCAGACGCACCACAGCCUUGCUGCAUGUCUCGCACGCCCACCCGCCACUUAAGCACCAGUCACAGUCGUUCCAGAGCGACGCAGCAUACCCCCACCUGCCACAGUCCGCUACCUUCCACGGACAUCCCCCACACGGGCGGUCCACGGAUCUCUGUCAAUAUCAAGAGGCAUUUCCUCCCAAAAUGCAGGACUUGACACUUAAAGAUACAAAUAAUGACAGACCGAGCCCAGGCACACUGGUCUAACACACACACACACACAGACACGACUACAUGUGUAGACUACAUGAACAGCUGUCGCCAAGCCCAGCAGCUCUGAUGUAAACAUAGCAUUCUCAAAAAUUUGAGACAGACAACAGAUAAUGAACACACUCUUAGCUUCGCUGUUUGGUAUCGUCCAAGAGGUCCAUGUUUCGUUUUUAAGAAUCUACAAAUAAUUUUGUUGGAUGCGCUGCAAUUUUGUUUGUUCAUGAAAAAGGUAGAACGCUUCUGUUUAAAAUGUGUACUGUACACCUGAUUUCAGUGACUGUACUCACAUCACUUUGAUUUGACAUGUUUCAUUUGUUGAUUCUUGGUAUUCUUGCUAAGUCAGUAUUAAGCUUCAGGGUUUCUGCUACAGUCUCAAAAUCCAGCAUAAAGUCACAACUUGGAUACUCUUUUAAUCAGUCAGGAUCUUUUCAAUAACACUUUGUACAUAAAAGGGAGAUUUCUAUGCAAAUUACAAUCAAGAUGACUAUGUUUAGACAGAAUAGAUAGUCUCUGAUGUAUGAAUUAAGUUCUUAAUAUUUUGUGAUACAGAUUAGAGUAAUAAGAAAUUGGUAAGAAAUUGUCUCUAAAAAUGAACAAAAGUGGCUA